AUGUCUUAUAAUAAUAAUUCAAGUGGUGGAUAUAGAGGUGGUUCAAGUAAUGGUGGUGGUUAUGGUAAUAGAGAUGGUGGAUACCAAAAUAAUAAUAAUAGUUAUGGUGGUAAUAGUGGUUCAAGAGGUGGUUUUGAAGGAGGAAGAGGUGGAUUUGGAGGAGGAAGAGGUGGUUCAAGAGGUGGAUUUGGUGGAGGAAGAGAUGGGGGUAGAGGUGGUGGUAGAUUUAAUGAUCAACCAAGAGCUGAAUUAUCUACACCACAAUGGGAUUUAGAAAAUUUACCAAAAUUUGAAAAAAAUUUUUAUAAUGAACAUCCAAAUGUUCAAAAUAGAUCAGAUAGAGAAAUUGAAGAAUUAAGAAAAGAAAAUGAAAUGAGUAUUCAAGGUCAUGAUGUUCCUCAUCCUAUUACUUCAUUUGAUGAAGCUGGUUUCCCAGAUUAUGUUUUAAAUGAAUUAAAAGAACAAGGUUUUCCGAAACCAACCGCUAUUCAAUGUCAAGGUUGGCCAAUGGCUUUAAGUGGUAGAGAUAUGGUUGGAAUUGCAUCCACUGGUUCUGGUAAAACUUUAUCUUAUUGUUUACCAGGUAUUGUUCAUAUUAAUGCUCAACCUUUAUUAAAACAAGGUGAUGGUCCAAUUGUUUUAGUUUUAGCUCCAACAAGAGAAUUAGCAGUACAAAUUCAAACUGAAUGUAGUAAAUUCGGUAGUUCAUCAAGAAUUAGAAAUACUUGUGUUUAUGGUGGUGCACCAAAAGGUCCUCAAAUUAGAGAUUUAGCAAGAGGUGUUGAAAUUUGUAUUGCUACUCCAGGUAGAUUAAUUGAUAUGUUAGAAGCUGGUAAAACUAAUUUAAAAAGAGUUACUUAUUUAGUAUUAGAUGAAGCUGAUAGAAUGUUAGAUAUGGGUUUUGAACCACAAAUUAGAAAAAUUGUUGAUCAAAUUAGACCAGAUCGUCAAACUUUGAUGUGGUCAGCUACAUGGCCAAAAGAAGUUCAAAAUUUAGCAAGAGAUUAUUUAGUUGAUCCAAUUCAAGUUACUAUUGGUUCAUUAGAAUUAGCUGCUUCUCAUACUAUUACACAAAUUGUUCAAGUUGUUACUGAAUAUCAAAAAAGAGAUAUGUUAGUUAAACAAUUAGAAAGCGCUUUAAACGAUUCAAAUUCAAAAGUUUUGGUAUUUGCUUCAACUAAAAGAACUUGUGAUGAAGUUACAAGUUAUUUAAGAUCUGAUGGUUGGCCUGCUUUAGCUAUUCAUGGUGAUAAAGAACAACAUGAAAGAGAUUGGGUAUUAAAAGAAUUUAGACAAGGUUCUCAUUCUAUUAUGGUUGCAACUGACGUUGCUGCAAGAGGUAUUGAUGUCAAAGGUAUUACUCAUGUUAUCAAUUAUGAUAUGUCAAAUAAUAUUGAAGAUUAUGUUCAUAGAAUUGGUAGAACAGGUAGAGGUGGUGCAACAGGUACUGCUAUCUCAUUUUUCACUGAUGGUAAUAAAAAAUUAGGAGGGGAUUUAUGUAAAAUUUUAAGAGAAGCUCAUCAAACUAUUCCACCAGAAUUAUUACAAUAUGAUAGAAGAAGUUUUGGUUCACAUAUUAGAUAUGGACAAGGUAGAGGUGGUAGAGGAGGUUUUGGUGGCCGUGGUGGAGGUCGUGGUGGAGGUCGUGGUGGUAGAGGAGGAUUCGGUGGUGGCCGUGGUGGCGGAAGAGGUAAUUAUCAAACUGGUUCAAAUUCUGCUCCAAUGGGUAACCGUCGUUACUAA